GUCUCUGUGGUCGGUCCGUCCAAAACUGUAACUGAGAACACGGUCACGUUAGUGCGGUCGCGAGCGUUCAAACUGCGCCUUUGCGCAACAGCCGCCUCGUUUGGAGGAGUCCGGUCAGUGCACAAAGACAGCGCCGGAGAGAGAGAGCAGCCAUACAGCCACAGCAACCGUCUCCACAUCCACUCGGCUAAAUCCUCAGCCGGAACUCCAAAGUUGUUCCUCGUGAAGGCCGAGCCUAGGUACAGCCUUUUAACAAAGGUCUGCAAGAUGGAGGAAACGGGCACUGACGCGACCCCGAACAACGACAAGUGCUGUCAGACCGAAACACUGUGGCACUGCAGUUGCCAGCCGGCUCCACAGCAAGAGGGCUGUGACCAACCACAAGUGCAUAUUAUCGAGCCAGGAGACCUGCCUCUUCUUCAGCAACAGCUCCAGACUUCGAAGUCAGGAAUUCAACAAAUAAUUGAGUGCUUUCGCUCAGGUACGACCCAGCUCAGGCACAUGUUGUUGAAGGAAGUUGACACCAUCUUUGAGUGCAGGCUUUGCCGAAGUCUUUUCCGUGGUCUACCCAAUCUCGUCACGCACAAAGAGUUCUACUGCUUUUCUGGACAUCAUGAGCAAGAUGAUUCUCCUGAACCAAACAAGCAGAACCAGGCUGUCAAAGAGCUUCUAGAGGCAAUCUAUCCACAAAGAGACAAGCAGGAACAUGUGAUUCAGUUGGAGACUAUAGAGACUAACCCCAAUGCUGUGUUCCAACACCUGACUGUCGAGAAUUAUGAGAAUGAGAAUGUGACCAUGCCCACUAAUUCCAUUCAGCCAGACCCUGUGCCGCAGAAACCGCAUCGCCGCAAGUCUUCUGUUGCCCCGAAAAAGAUUGAACAGCAAGACAUUGUGGACACAGAUGACGACAUGGAUACAGCAUCUAAUAAAUCUCUAGAAAAAAAAGAUGCAAAUGUGGAAGAAAAGGGCAACACGGAACAGGAUAAGAGUGUGGAAAAUGAAGAGGAAGCCGCCCCUGAGAUGAAGGAAACGAGGAUAUCUUGCUGCCUCUGUCGAAAGGACUUCAGCUCGAGGAGCAGCAUCCGCCGUCACUGCCGUAAGAUGCACCGGCAGAAGCUGGAGGAGUUGUGCAAGUUCACUGAAACACGCACAGUACCCAUCAGCUUACUGUCUAUGGUAAAGACCAAGCGUGUGGAAGAUCCUCCACCAGCCACUGGAAAGAGUUGCCCUGUCUGCCAAAAGUCCUUCGCUACCAAGGCUAAUGUACGUCGUCACUUUGAUGAGGUGCACCGAGGACUGAAGCGAGACUGCAUUACACCAGACAUCGCCACCCGACCUGGCCAACCACUUUUGCUCGAGGGUUCACCAGUUUCACCAAAACAGCCCAGCACCUUUGCAAAGCAAGACCAACAAGAGGUCACCAUUACAACCUCUCGGUGCAGGCUGUGUCGAAGGAAAUACAGCUCACAAGUCAUGUUGAGGAGGCAUAUGCGCAUUGUCCAUAAGGUUCACACAUUGGAGAAUGGUUCCUCCGCCAGUCGUGCUGUCUUCACCAGAAAAAACAAAAUAAAGACCGAACCUGAUGAGGAGAUUUGCUCCGGAAAAAGUAGUCUUCCUACCGUCGUGUCCUCUUCAGCUGAUGUAGAUAAGAGCACAGUGUGCUCACCAUCAAAGCCUAAAGUAACAGAGGACAGUGGAAACGUCCCGAUAAGUUUUGACUUCAAGCAGAUGUAUUGUUGGCUAUGCAAGCGACAGUUCAGCUCCAGUCAGAACCUGACCAAGCACAUCACCGAGCUGCACAUGGAUGGUAACGACAGUAUCUACAUCAAGUUUUAUGGGUGUCCUAUCUGCAGAUACGAGUCGCGGCGAAAACGAGAUGUCAUCCGUCACAUAACCGUGGUACACAAGAAGUCCUCUCGCUACCUGGCUAAGAUCAUGCCGAUCCUCGAGAGUCGUGCGGUGAAGAAACCAGCCGAGGUUGUGCUAAAUAGUAGUGGGAAGAGCACGUCUUCAAAAGAGGACAUCUCUGGAAAGUACCAUGCUCCAUCAUCCAGCACGCUAACAACAUCAGACCAAGCAACUCCAUCCAAAAUGAAUCUGCAAGACGACUCCUGGUCACCUGGGUUCAAGAAAAGCGAGUCCUCCGUCUACCUGAACACUCGUAAAAAUUCUGCCCUCACAUCUCUUAACACUGCGAAUCACGAUCAGGAACAUUCACAGCUCACCAAAGUAUAUAAACAAGAGAAGAAAUCUCAAGAGCCAAAGAAUCCACAUGUCACCCGGAGCCACAAACCGAGCAGAGGACCUCCCAUCACUAGAAGCCAGGAGUCAAGCACAGAGGUGAGGGUUACUAAGAACUUUUCUCUGCAUGGAUGUGACAUGUGCAGUCGAGCAUUUGCCAAGAAGGUUUUUCUAGAGACGCACAGACGAAGCCAUAAGACCAGUGUCAAUACCCCAACUGGAAGCACUAAAGUACAGGGAAGAAGCACUCGGUCAAAGGCGUUGAUAUGAUAUUGACAUCCAUAUAAAUGACACAUACUCACUGGAAUGUAUAGACCUUCAGCAAAUAAAACGCAGCAGCAAAGGAAUGGAAAGCUUUACCUGAACUGAAUGGCUUCCAAGAGGAAGGAUGAUUGGAGAUCAUGAGAAGAACUUGCACCGAGUAUUCUGUUAUAGUACUGCAGAGGGCGCUGCGACCAAACUUUUCUUAUCCUCUAACACAGACGUUAUAGAUCGUUCUCAACCAGUUACAGUUACUGAGUUACAAGCAUUUGAAGGACAUCUUUUUUUUUUUUUUUUUUUUUUUUUUAACUUUUUAUUUUAUUUUAGUAGUCUGUUGACAAUACAGUUGUCUUUUAAUGAAGUAUAUUUGUGCAGAAUACAGUUUUACUUAGUUACAUAUGGUUACUCAUCUGCAUUAUAGGUCACAUCUCAACUUUUGCUCUCGACCUAUGUUGUGUGAACGAGAGCACUGCCGCUAAUGAAAAAUCAGUUUAUUCCCUAUGACACGUGGCGCUUCAGUGAAAUUCUGUUGACGGUUCAAAACGAAAACGGCUCAUAUAAAUCCGAGUGCUUGUACAGUUAGAGAUAACUGAUUUGACUUGAGAUGAUGCUUAAAAGUAGCUUAACAGUACAUUUAUUUUAGGCUUUUUAACUAAUCAAACCUCUGACUUUUAUCUAAAUGUAGCCUAUAUAACAUUUAAAUUAGAAUUGACUAAUGAACUAAUCAGUAAAAAAAAAACGUUAUAAAUUCAGAUCCAUUUCAAAUUUUAUCUUCAUGUUCUCUUUGAAACGGAUCAGUGAAUGAAUUCUAGAACCGACGAUGUACUUGUCUCUUACGUAACUUUUUGGUUUGCUUUUAGUUUACACUGCUCAGAUGUAAAAGCUUGCUUAACUGUAAAUGCUCUGCGCAACACUUUGGAUAGAUAUCUAAAGGAGUAUUUUUCCUUAAAACCAUUUUAAUAUGUUAUUGUUGCAUAUAUAAGUGCUUACUUUAAAAAAAUUAUUAAAGCUGCACUGUCCAGUUCUACUUAGCAAAUACUAGAUGACAGCUAAAAACUAUUAAAUGAGGAAUUCACCCAUAUUUUUUUUCUGUACCUUCAUUUCAAAUUCAUGCAUGUGUAUUAGAUAAGAAGGCUCUGGUCCUAACCUUACACAUGCCCAGACCUUUCCUCUGGCAAGUCGGUGUUGCAUGGCUUAUUUUUGCAGAAUUAUUAAAAAAAAUUAUUUAAAAUAAUAAUUAACAAACCAACUGAUUUUAUGUUCAACAUUUAAUUAUUUUCUUAGGAGUGGUCAGACUUUGUCAAAAAUUUGCCCAGAAAACAUGCCAAUCCCUUUUGAGAGAUUUGAGAAAUAACAUGAAAAUGAAUUGCUUUUCACGGUGUUCAUCAAAGUGAAAUUUACUCCAUGAAAUUCACAGACCUCAGAAGCAUCAACUAAUUGGAACUGAAUAAGGUGAGAAGUUUGCCUUAACCCUACAAUUGGUCUGCGCCAGUAUGUUUGUGCAUGUGCAAAAUGAUUGACAGUCACCAAGGUUUCCUCUAUCUAAAACUGAUGCUUUUGCUGGACUAUGUGUGAUUUAGUUCUUGAUUACAGGGACAGUCACAUACAUUCACUCAGAGUAUCUGUUACCGUUAGCGGUCAGAAUGUAAAAGAAAAAGAAACAAGUUUAUCCCAUGUUUAAAAAAAAUGACAGUGCAGCUUUAACCCAUAUCUGCCAUUCCACAAUGAAUGAAAAUGCUGCUAAUCCUUUCGCAUUGUAACUACUGUUUGUGCUCAUGUUUCUGCUUCCCUUUAAUCAGUCAGUGCUGCUCAGGUUGUGCUAAGACAAGUUUUUUUUAACAGAGUAUGACUGUUUGAUAAUAUCUAUCAAUAAGAAGUCAGAACUGUGAUCAAAAGGUUCAUUAGAUACUACUGCAUCUGUUUUGUAUAAUAUUGCUCUUAUUAGAUAACAGUUCAAAAAUAUAUCUAGACCUAAAAAUGGCCUCUGUCUCCUUUAGUAUGUAACAAUUCUUUAGAGUUAUUUGAGUGUAUUGGAUGAAAUGAAGUCAGUCUUCGAGUCUUGGCGUGCAUAACGAACGCUUCUGCUUGUUACUCUGUACAUUUUUGACAUAAGGUGUAACAUUUUAAAAGGUAAUCGGCAAGACUUGUAAUGUAUAUAUAAACACACGAUACUUGCAUUCCUAUCCCUGCUUCACUAGAAAUAACUUUGUUCAAAUAAAGAUUUUAAAAUUGCA